AUGUUACAAGAAGAUAACUCCGAUAAUGAACCACAACAGAUAACAAGAUCAAAAUCGUGUAGUAGGCAUAGAAAAUCGAGUUCAAAUGGAGGAUCUUAUAUUGUUGAUUAUGGUCCAGUACGUGUUCGUCACAGACGAAGUUUGUCACGAACAAUUGCUACAGGACGUCGAUCAAAAGAUGAGCCACUUUGUGGUAAAAAUGCAAUAAAGCGUGAAAUACGACGCGCAAAAAAUCGAAUAGCUGCUCGCGAAUUAAAAAGAGCAAGAGAUCAAAUUGAAGUAAAUCUUCUUGAAGAGAUUAAAAACCUUGAACGUGACCAAUACGACUUAGAAGAACAACAUAAAAAACUAGAAAAUCGUAAAGCAUAUUUGAAUAGAGCAGUAUAUAAUGCUAAACAAGCUCCACUCAUUCCAUUAAUUACUGGUAUAGAUAUUCCUAUUAUUUUCGAACCACAAGAACGACAUGACCUUAUGAUUGAUCUUCGACCGUUGUUGGAGAUGCUCGAUGAACAAUGUUCUACAUCUGACGAUUAA